AGCAAAGCCAUGUCGUCCGACGUGCGUAGUGCUGCCCGGUCUGGCCGCGUCGAAACGGCUAAAUGGGGCAUCGCAUAUGGCAAAGCUUCCAUGGUCCAGCUCUGCUCCCCUAUGAGGCCUUUGCGACGCCUUCGCCGGGCUCGGAAGCCCCGGUGAUGCCGCUCUGUGUCACGUUCCCGCCCGUGCUCUGUGUUGUGCGUGUGGCUGGCGCAACCAUCGGGACGACGCGCGCCUUGCAAUUUCGCCGAGCCGCGGGCUCUACAGGCAUGGCCGCCGUAGCGGAAACUGGGAACCCGGGGCCAGACUCUGUCGUCCCUCCUGUUCCCCCUGAGGAUAGGGUGUGA